AGCUGAGACAGAUCCUCACUGGAGUCCAGAGAGCAGGAAGAUGAUGGAGUCUCUGGGAAAACUGGCUUUUGAGCGGCUGCAGAAAGGAAACCUGAUCUUCUAUGAAUCCGACCUCACAGAGUGUGGCAUCGAUAUCAGAGCAGCCUCAGUGUACUCAGGAGUGUUCACACAGAUCUUUAGAGAGGAGAGAGGCCUGUACCAGGACAAGGUGUUCUGCUUCAUCCAUCUGAGUGUUCAGGAGUUUCUGGCUGCUCUUCAUGUCCACCUGACCUUCAUCAACUCUGGACUCAACCUCUUGAAACAUAAGAAAAAAUCAAAGAUCUUUAAACUGAAACAAAGCAGUCCAGUCCAUUUCUACCAGAGUGCUGUGAAUACGGCCUUACAGAGUCCAAACGGACACCUGGACUUGUUCCUCCGCUUCCUCCUGGGUCUUUCACUGCAGACCAAUCAGAGUCUCCUACGAGGUCUGAUGACUCAGACAGGAAGUAGCUCACAGACCAAUCAGGAAACAGUCCAGUUCAUCAAGGAGAACAUCAGUGAGGAUCUGUCUGCAGAGAAAAGCAUCAACCUGUUCCACUGUCUGAAUGAACUGAAUGAUCGUUCUCUAGUGGAGGAGAUCCAACAGUUCCUGAGGUCAGGACGUUUCUCCACAGAUAAACUGUCUCCUGCUCAGUGGUCUGCUCUGGUCUUCAUCUUACUGUCAUCAGAAGAAGAUCUGGAAGAGUUUGACCUGAAGAAAUACUCUCGUUCAGAGGAGGCUCUUCUGAGGAUGCUGCCAGUGAUCAAAGCCUCCAACAAAGCUCUACUGAGAGACUGUAAUCUGUCAGAGAGAAGCUGUGCAGCUCUGUCUUCAGUUCUCAGCUCUCAGUCCUCCAGACUCAGAGAUCUGGAUCUGAGUUUCAACAAGCUGCAGGAUUCAGGAGUGAAGCUUCUGUCUGCUGGACUGGAGAGUCCACACUGUAAACUGGAGAGUCUCAGGUCAGAUUUCAUUCAACUAUUUUUCCAGGGGCGGUUCUAG